AUGAACACCGCACGCAUCAUGCGGCUGCAGCCGCUCAGACAGGCGUUCAAACCCAACAGUGCCGCCAUACGUCAACCCCUCACGAAGCGAUCUUUCCACCAGAGCAGGAGUAUGUUUAGGGCGAAGGAAGAGGAUCACAGUGCCCAUACCAUCACCCAGCGAUUGAAGAGCCUGAAGAAGAUUCCUCCCGAGUUGUUGCCCUUAGGCGACGUCAUCUCCUUCGCCCUCUUCGCGGCAGCUUUCGCUAUGGGUCGCAAGCUGAUCUACGACAAGACGCUUCGUUUGAGCCCGCAGAGAAACUCAGGCGGUGCCCAUUAG